CAUGCAAUCAGUGGGGCAUGUGGGGUUCAGUACGAAACAGAAGACAAAGCAAUCCACCUAACAGGGACAACCCACAAGUUGCAGAGCACCAAACACAGAGACCCACGUUCUUGUUUUUUUUUUUUAAUAAAAAAAAGGAUCAUGUUCUGUCUCUCAUGUUCUUGCACUGUUUUUUCCUAUCUUUCUUCUGUGUCUGAUGGUGAAAACCAAUCGAAAAUGAUGACUCGUGUGAAAAUCUGAGGCAAAGAUUCCUUCUUUCAACUUGCUGUGACUGCUACUGGCCCGUUUUUCAUCGGAUCUGUUUCUAUGUGACAAAGGAAAAAGCCUCCUUGACACUUGGGCAGAUUUGAGACCGUUGUUCUUCAUUUUUGAUGCCCCACCUCCUGUUUGGUACACUACUAUAUCAUAUUUUUUUCUGUGCUCUGGAAAAGAUAAGGGCAAAGAAAUUUCUUUUGAUUUUGCUCAAAGCUAGUGCUUUGCUUCUGUCUGUCAUCAAGGAGAUUUGCUUGCUGAUGCUUGAGAGAUACGUUCUCAGGUUCGUCCUGCAAGGAAAAGGAAAGGGGAAAGUGCACAAAGCGAGUUGAAGCCACGGAUUUAAAGACAGACAGACAAAGACCUUCAUGAAAGAAUAUGUUGAUGGUCUGUGGCUUGAAAGUUGCAAACUUUGAUGUAUUCUGUGGUGGGCUUCGCCUCAAGAUCCGAAUUUCGUGUCUGGUUUUCUAAGGAAGCGGAAACAGUCUGAAUCGGAAUUCUGGUUGCUCUCCGGUGUACUUAUCUUAAUAUGUUCGAGAAAAGUUUGUUCAUGUCUCUCCAGACUUUCACCAGUCCAUCUCAUGUCGGAUCUUACCGGAAUUCAUGUAAAACCAGACUGAAUCCUGUCCUAGCAAUGCCACACUCUUCAAUUCUAUUGCAGACGGAUGAAAGCAAUGAUCUUCCAAAGCCCAAGAAAGGCUCUGGUCUGAGCGUAGAUCCACGAAACAUUCUCAACAGUCUUCCUGCAGAUUCUUUGAUCAGGCAAGCCAACACAGUGGGCAUAAUCGGAGGCGUCUCAUCCAAUUCUACUCUCAGCUUUCUGAAGAAACUCGUGGAGUGGAGCUCGAAAGACGGGAAAAGCCCCUUGCCGUAUGUGCUCUGUUCGGAUCCAAUGCUGAACAACGAGCUUCUCUCUUACGAGAAGUGCUCGUUUCCAUCUCUGUACCACAGAACAGAGACUGCACCUCCAGAUCCAAACCUGAUAGUGGAGAAUCUCAGGAACAAGAGGAGAUUUCUUGAGAAAUCCGGAGCUAAACUGAUAUUGAUGCCUUGUCAUAUUGCACACAAGUGGUAUGAAGAGGUUUCUGAGGAUAGUUCGGUUCCUCUGCUCCACAUGGGUGAGUGCGUGGCUGAAGAGCUCAAGCAGGCAAAGAUGAAGCCUUUAGAAGCUGGAAGCCCUCUGCGAAUAGGCGUGCUCGCUUCAAACGCAACAUUGUCUGCAGGGUUCUACCAGGAGAAACUCCAGAGCAAGGGGAUGGAGGCGGUGCUUCCGGACAAGGCGACGAUGGAGCACACGGUGAAUCCGGCCAUUGAUGCGAUGAGCCGAAAAGACAUUGUAGGAGCUCGGAACCUGCUAAGAAUAGCGUUGCAGGUGCUGCUGGUUCGGGCGGUGAACACAGUCAUCUUCGCCUCCGACGACAUGAGAGACCUCUUCCCCAGGGACGAUCCUCUCCUCAAGAAAUGCGUCGAUCCCAUGGACGCUUUGGCCAGAUUCGCCGUCAAAUGGGCCGCCGCCGCCGCCGAAGAAGAUCCCUGAGCACCACUACCCUCGUCGAAAGAAAAAAACUGCCGACAUUUCGUGUUGUCGAUGAAUCGAACCGAUUCUGUGUGACGUUUCCGCGAUUGGGAAACGGGCUCGUGUGAUAGCAAUUGGAAGUUGGGCCUUAGGCCCAUUAAAUAUAGCAAUUGGGCUUUUGGUGGUUUAGAUGUAGAUAAAUGUUAGGCUGUGCGCGUGGGUUUAUUUUUUAUUCAGUUUUGGAUAAAAAUAAAAAAUAAUACUUAUUUUGUAAAAAGAAUAGUGUUCAUUCGGCCAAAGGCUGACAA